UCCAUUUGUCCCUAUUCUCAACCUCUGCAUCUUCGCCGUUAAAGGCUGUGUCACGGCAAUGCGGCACAAGAAGCCUCUCAGAACCCCAGAAAUUUUCAACCCUAAUGUUCUCGUCCCCUGUUCCCACUCCUGGGCUCACGGUAUCUUCGUCGCAUGUCUAUGCAGCACAAGAGCUUGGUGUAAAAGCACGACAAAACCGGUGUUCAGCUUCAGUGCGAACUCAUCUUCCGCGGUCAUUACAGUACUCUCCCCUGCCCCAAAUCAAAAUGCGACACCCCAUUUCUUGGACUUCUCGCCGGAUCCCAUACUAGAUAGAUAUGUGCGACGAUUUCCAAUCAAUAGGGAAGAAAGAGCUGUAGAGAAAGUGAAAAGCUCACCUAUCCUAUUAUCUUACUGCUACAGUUGUGCGGCUAUAUAUGCAUGUGUGUUUCCAAACGCCUGUACGUAUCGCUGA